ACUGAUUUUUGGACGUGUAUGGGCUGCCACACCUGAACCUGGCCAGCACCUGGCUUUAUUUUUACCUCUACAUUAUACUUUUAAUCUUUUAUUAAGUUAGGUUAUUUUACUAGUCGCUUCUCUUCCAUUUUAAUUACAGAAAAGAAGGCAAAGAGACAUGGCGGACUGGAAGCCCCAGAUAAGUUACAACUAUAACCCGUCCUACCAUGCCUACGCGUACGGCCUGGUGUUCCAACCCGGGCCCGAGCAGAACCACGGGAACCUGUCCAGCUGGGGCGAAGCUGGGGAUUUAAGCAACUACAACCCCGGAGUCUCCCAAGCCUACUACACCCCGACCACAAGGACCCGGGAGGACUCACCGCCCUGCAGCCCGGAGGACCACGCCAUGAACCGGCACUACCAGGGCUCCGGGAUGGUCUACCUGGGGGACUCACAGACAGGUCGGCUGGUGUUAGCAGGACCACAUCAGGCUGCCUACACCGCGAGGGAGCACGAGGCGUCGCGGGCCGAUUCAACCAGUGACUCUGAGGCGCACACCUCACCAGAUUCAUGGAGGUCUGGGAGCAGCAGAGAAGGAGGUCUACCUCAGACAGACCCUGUCACCUGGGGAAAGAAAGAUCUUGACGACGAGACUAGCAGCAGGAGUCCUGAUGCCAGUGAGGAUGUUUCCAGCUCUUUCAUGGAGGAGCCAAGGACCUUUGUCAUUACAGGGAACGAUAGCACCAACAAGACUGCCCCUCUUCAUGCACCCAUGACUGCCCCAAAGAGUCAAAGCACUACUGCUGUAAGUAACCCCAAAGGGAAGGUCCGGGCUGCCUUCUCAGAGACUCAGAUGAAUACUCUAGUCCAGCGGUUCAGUGUGCAGAGAUACCUCACCCCUGCAGAAAUGAAGAACCUUGCAGAGCUGACUGGCCUGACGUACAAACAGGUUAAGACAUGGUUUCAGAACCGAAGGAUGAAGCUGAGGAGGCAUCAGAAAGACAAUGGGUGGGCUCCUGAGCGCUACAACACCAACAAGGAGAGCCCAGUACGGGGAGCCAUGUACCACAACAUACCCCCACAUAUCCCACCUUAUCAGGGAGAAGUCCGACCCCAGUCAAAAGAGCAUUACAACCAGCACAUGAUGGAGUCGGCCUUCAAGAAGAACGUACCCCAGAACCUGGCCUUCUACUUGGCUGCCAUGAGCUCCACAGCUGGAUCUACCGGCUACCCGUCCUGGCCCUCGGGCUCACAGCAAAUUGUAAUGCCGACCCGGCCCCAGGCAGCUGGCUGGUCCUUGCAGCCUGGUGUCGCCGCGUAUGAAUACAACCACAACGCAUUCAACUCAGUCUCUACGAAUAACACUGAACGCAACACAAGCUUUGAGGACAAAGAUGGAGAGCCCGUCAGCCUCCGCAGCUCCACCUCACCUGUCAUAGUGCAGAAUGUCAGCCAGUAGAGGAUGAUACAGCGGGUUGGGGAUAUAAGCAUUUCUGUAAAUGACGACCAUGUUGAUAGUCUUCAAUUAAAAUGUUCCUGACAGAAGUUGUUGACCAGCAGAGAUGCUGGUGUCAUGCUGCGUGUACAUAGGCCGUGUUCAUACUUCUGUUUGACUUUUUAUCUUGAAGUUCUAUUUUUAUAUUCAACUAUUUAAUGUUUGUUGGUGUGCUCUUUGUGCUUGCUGAUGCGAUCUGUGGCAGUUUGAUUCAGUCAUGACGACUUUGCUUAUUUUUUGUUUGUUUUUUUUAAUGGUUUUAAGCCAAAGUACUGAUACACAUGUUGAGUGCACUCAGUUCAAUGAUUUUUUUGUAUGAUUGCAGGUUCACUUUGAUGAGUUUCUUACCGAGGGGUUAAUUACAUGGUGACAUUUAUGCAUUUACUUUCUCUUGUUUGAGUAAUACAAUGCAUGUGAUCACAGUUGAGAACACCUUUGGGCACAUCACUUAUAAUGUUGCAGCUAAGUACUCCACGCAUUGCAUUUACCAGUGUUUGGUACAGUUUUCCAGUUUGCAAUAAAAGCUCAAAGUAUUCCAGA